AUGGAGAACCAGACUUUCGUUGUGGAUAUCCUAAUCCUGGAGGGGUUAAAGGUCACCACGCAGUUUUCAAUCCCUGCCUUCAUCCUCCUCCUCCUCAUCUACAUUGUCAUCAUGGUGUCAAACAUCGGUCUGGUGGUCCUGAUCUUUAGGAGCAGGAGCCUCCACCAGCCCAUGUAUCUGCUCUUCUGCAACAUGAGCAUUAAUGAUGUUUUUGGGGCCACAAUAAUUAUACCUCAUGUACUCAGAGAUCUUUUAUUAUCGAACUCAGAGCGGUACAUUCGUUACAUUGACUGUGCCGUCCAGGCCUUCUGUGUUCAUCUCCACGCAAGCCUUUCUCACACAGUGCUCAUGAUCAUGGCCUUCGACCGGUACGUGGCCAUCUGCAACCCCCUGCGUUACGCCACCAUCAUGACCAACAGGAUGCUGCUGAAUCUCUCGGUUGCAGCCUGGGGAACAGCCUUCGUGCUGGUGGUGAUCCUCGUGGGCCUCAGUGUCCGCCUGUCACGCUGCAGGUCAGUUAUAUUCAACCUGUUCUGCGACAACGCCUCCUUGUUCAAGCUGUCCUGUGAAAGCGUGCUCAUUAAUCACAUCUACGGCCUCGGCUACACGGUGGUCCUGCUGGGCUCCUCCAUCUGCAGCAUCACGCUCACCUACCUGAAAAUUGCUGUAGUGUGCGUGAGCAGUAGGAACAAGGUGCUGAACAGCCGGGCGCUGCAGACCUGCGCCACCCACCUGGCUGUGUACAUCCUCCUCCUGGUGUCAGGCUUCGUCAUCGUCAUCCUGCACCGUUUCCCUCGGCUGUCAGACCACAGGAAGGUGGCGGCUGUCCUGGGACAUGUUGCCUUGCCUGCCCUCAAUGCUGUUAUCUACGGGCUGCAAAUUAAAGAGGUCAGACAGAGGAUUAUGGCUGUGUUCCACAACAAUAAAGUAGCUUUAAUGGAUGUAAAAUGA